UCUAUGGAGUUUCGCUAAAGGACGUCAGUUGCGUCAUUAAUGACGGGGUGGGGGCAAGGACCCCGUCGCCUACCCGGCCCUCCCUUCCCACAUAUUUUACGCGAAACUUUGACUACUGGACCAAACGUGGCAUACGGGGCCCGAAGCCUUAUAUUGGUUUCGGCAAUACUUUGCAUAAGUUUCUGA